AUGGCGGUGGAACCGAGCAAGACGGAGAUUCAGACUCUCUUUAAGCGGCUUCGAGCGCUGCCGGCGAACAAGUCGUGCUUCGACUGCGGUGCCAAGAAUCCGAGCUGGGCCAGCAUCACCUACGGGGUCUUCCUGUGCAUCGACUGUUCCGGCGUCCACAGGUCCCUGGGCGUUCACCUCAGCUUCAUCAGGUCCACGGAGUUGGACUCUAACUGGAACUGGUUCCAGCUAAGGUGUAUGCAAGUGGGCAGCAAUGCCAAUGCGACUGCUUUCUUCCGCCAGCAUGGCUGCACUACUACAGAUGCCAAUGCUAAGUAUAAUAGUCGAGCUGCCCAGAUGUACAGGGAGAAGAUCCGGCAGCUGGCAAGUUCUGCUAUGGCCAAGUAUGGCACUGAUUUGCUUGUAGAUGGACUGAGUGGAGCCCCUGGGCACUCCCCUGACAAGAGUGAUGCUGAUUUCUUCACGGAACACACACAGUUUUCCAGUACCUGGGACACAGCAGAUGCCAGCCAGAAUCCUGCACAGUCUUCCUCAGAGGUGGAAAAAGCAGCCAAGUCAUCAGAAGGCAGUGAACUGUCAAGCUCCAGACAGGGCCCCUCUAUUGACAUGUUGAGCACAUCUCCUAAAGCUCCUCUAGACAUGUCCAUGUGUCUAUCAACACAAAGGUCUGCUCCUGCCAGAGAACUCAAAUCCUCCCUCAUUGGAAAGAAGAAACCAGGAGCUGCCAAGAAAGGGUUGGGUGCAAAAAAAGGUCUUGGAGCCCAGAAAGUGAGCAGCCAGAGCUUCAGUGAGAUUGAGCGGCAAGCCCAGGUGGCAGAACAGCUGAGGGAGCAGCAGGCAGUGGAGUCCAGGAAACAAGCUGAGGAGUCCAUAGUCACUUCAAUGCGACUGGCUUAUCAGGAACUGCAGCUUGACCGGAAGAAGGAAGAGAAGAAACUUCAGAACCUUGAAGGGAAGAAGCGUGAACAAGCAGAGAGGCUGGGCAUGGGCUUGGUGUCCAGAAGUUCUGUUUCACACUCUGUGAUGUCUGAAAUGCAAGUAAUUGAGCAGGAGACACCGCUGGCUGCAAAACCUUCCCGCUCCCAACUAGAUUUGUUUGAAGAUGCUGGAGGCUUUACAUCUGGACCCCCCAAGUACAAAUACAGUCCCUUUUCAUUCGAAGAUGCAUUUGGCUCACGAUGGGAAGGAGACUCUUCAUGGGGAAUGGACAAAGAGGAGGAACCUGAGGUGACCAUUUCCAGUAUUCGGCCAGUUUCAGAGAGACCCAUCAGUAGGCGAGAGACAGAGAACAGGACAUCUGUUGUGGAAUCCAAUGAAGCUCGGCAGAAGUUUGCAGGGGCUAAAGCUAUCUCUUCAGAUAUGUUCUUUGGGCGGGAGGCAGAUGCUGAGUAUGAAGCCAGAUCCCGACUGCAGCAGCUCUCAGGCAGCAGUGCCAUCAGCUCUGCAGACCUGUUUGGAGAGGCUGAGAAUGUGCACUCAGGUGGUGUGUCAAUUGGAAACGUCCUACCUGCAGCGGACAUUGCACAGUUCAAGCAAGGAGUUAAAUCAGUUGCUGGCAAGAUGGCUGUCCUAGCCAAUGGGGUGAUGAACUCCCUCCAGGAUCGUUACGGCUCAUAUUGAUCACCCAGGGGACUGCAACUCAAAAGGAAGCCAGCAG